AUGGCAACUACGCUGAUGGGGCACAUAGAGGCUUUCGAGCCUGAGGCAGGCGAUUGGCCGCAGUAUGCAGAAAGAAUGGAAGAGAUGUUCUUAGCAAAUGAGAUGGUAGGAGAGGGUAUGGCCGAGAAGAGACGAUCUGUGUUUUUGUCCGUGGUGGGAAAGCGUACCUACAACAUCCUGCGAAGCCUUCUCUCACCAGACAAACCUUCCACUAAGACGUUCGAGGAGUUGACGGCAGUACUGACGAGUCACUUCAGUCCACCGCCAUCAGAAGUGAUCCAAAGGUUCAGAUUCUACGGCAGAUCAAGACAACCAGGAGAGUCAGUGUCAGCGUUCAUAGCUGAGUUGAGGAAGCUGACAGAAUAUUGCAACUUUGGAGCAUCAUUGAAUGCAGCGUUAAGAGACCGAAUAGUCGGCGGAAUCAACAAUGAGGCAACACAGAAAAGACUCCUGGGAGAGCGAGCAUUGACUUACCAGAGAGCAGUAGAGAUUUCCCAGAGUGUGGAGACGUCAGACGCUAACCUAAGGGAGAUGAAGCCUGUCCCUAUCAAGACAGAGCCAGUAUUUCAGAUUGGCAGGGAGAGACAAGAGACUCAGACAGCCAAUAAACUGACACAAUGUUCACGCUGUGGUACUGAGGGACAUUUACCGACUACAUGUCGGUUUAAAGACAAAUAUUGCAACUUUUGCAAAAAGAAAGGCCACAUUGCUCGAGUGUGUAGAAAUCGACUACAGCAGGCAGAGGCAUGGAGGCCCAAGCACUCAAGAAAGAACGUUCGAUACCUAGAGGAAGAAACUACUUCAGAGAGUGAAGAUGCCGAAGACUACAUCAAGAUGGUGGCUGAUAUCUCUCAAGUCAAGAGGAGAGAAAGGUCACCACCCAUCAGAGUAACAAUGUCUGUGAGUGGGGUAUAUAGACCUAGAUUUUGA